UUCCCACUUCUUUUUAAUGGCGGAUUCAAAACCCUAACCCUAAAAAGGUAACGAAAAACCCCCAGAACCCUAACAUCUCCCCGAUGGAGGAAGAUGAUCCCUCCUCAACCUUAGCCCACAAAGCCCAGCACCUCCAAACCCUAAUCUCCCCUCUCUCAUCAUCAACCUCGAAGCUCUCGGGCAAGUCGAGGACCAUACCGUCCAACAAAGAUUUUCAUUUCUAUAACAGUUUUCGCGAAUUCAAGCUCCCCAAUAGAGAAAUCUCAGCAAAGGUUCAAUCUUCUCUUGAUUCUCUGUCCUCUUCUUCGAAUCUAUUCGGCGAGAAAAAGCAGCCGCCGUUACCCGACGAUCUCGACGAUUCCUACGACUGGCUGGUGAAUCUCAACGAUGAUUUUAUUGAGAAGUUUAAUAUUUCUCUUGACGAAUUUAAGCGGCAGAGGGAGAAGGAAGAGGGAAAGGUGGGUAACUUAGGGCUGGAAGAAGGUGGGUUUCAGUUGGUUAAUAGAAAUAAGAAGAAAAAGGGGAAUUUGAUGGAUGAAUUUGGGAAACAUGAGAGCUUGGGAUCUUCGUCUGGGAUUAAGGUUGGUUUGAAGGACAGAAAGGCAGUGGGUGGGAAAUCGAAGGUGCCAUUUCAUAUACCAACGAUUAGGCGGCCGCAGGAUGAGUUCAAUAUAUUGGUGAACAAUGUCAAUAAGCCCUUUGAGCAUGUUUGGUUGGAGAGAAGCGAGGACGGGAACCGCGUUAUUCAUCCAUUGGAGAGAUUAUCUGUGGAGGACUUUAUUGAUAGAAGUAUUGAGGAGGUUGAGAUAGCUAAACCACUUCCUUUGGAUAGCACUCCAUUUGUGCUUGUGGAUGGGUUGAAAGAAUUAAAGGAGCUCGCUGCCAAGUUGCGAAAUGUGAAUGAAUUUGCGGUUGACUUGGAGCACAAUCAGUACAGAUCGUUUCAAGGACUAACUUGUCUGAUGCAAAUUUCAACAAGAGCAGAGGACUUCAUAAUUGACACCCUCAAGUUGCGUGUACAUGUUGGUCCAUACUUGAGAGAAGUUUUUAAAGAUCCUUCCAAGAGAAAGGUAAUGCAUGGGGCAGAUCGCGACGUAGAGUGGCUUCAACGAGACUUUGGCAUAUAUAUCUGUAAUCUUUUUGACACAGGGCAGGCAUCAAGGGUGUUGCAAUUAGAAAGAAACAGUCUCGAGUAUCUUUUGCAUCACUUUUGUGGAGUAAAUGCAAAUAAAGAAUAUCAGAAUGCAGAUUGGAGACUGCGUCCAUUGCCUGAUGAAAUGAUCAAGUAUGGGAGGGAAGAUACACACUAUUUAUUAUAUGUAUAUGAUUUAAUGAGGCACAGACUGAUAUCAGCAUCCACAGAUGAAGAUGACCUUCUCUUAGAGGUCUAUAAGCGCAGUUAUGAUCUAUGUCUUCAUCUCUAUCAGAAAGAGAUACUGACAGAUAACUCAUUUCUCUAUAUAUAUGGGUUACAGGAAGCUGAUUUUAACCCGAAGCAGCUCUCUAUUGCUUCAGCGUUACAUGCGUGGCGAGACAAAGUUGCUCGUGAGGAAGAUGAAAGUACUGGAUAUGUAUUGCCUAACAAAGCACUACUUGAGAUUGCAAGGGAGAUGCCUAUUUCUACGAGUAAGCUACGCCGACUGGUGAAGUCCAAGCAUUCUGUUGUGGAGCGCAACCUGAGUACUGUCACUACUCUAAUUAAAAAUGCAAUUGAAAAGUCUUCUGGCUUUGAGAGCAUUGCUGAAGAACUGAAGAACACACGUUUGGAACCAAACAGACAAAAAAUGGCUGAAGGUGGUACGGACAUUGAAAUGUUGGCUGGUACAGAGGAUCCUGUGGAUUCUACAGUUUCUCAUACAAAAGAUCCUGAUGUUACUGGGAAUAUUAAAAUUAUUCAAGCUUCUGUGGAUGCUAUGGACGAGGGUGCAAAACCUACAGAUGCUGAAAAGUUAUGGGGUAUUUCAGAUGGAAAACCUCAAGAAAAAGGGGAUGUGCAUUCCAUCUCAACGCCUAACAUUGACCGUCCAUCUAAAAUAUGUGAUACACUUGGAACCAAUGAAGGAAAGAUGGAGUAUGAUAACACUGGCCUCUCACAACCAAAGAAGAUGGCUAGUAUCGGCUCGGUUCAAAUAUUGAAAAAACAGACUAGUGGUUUUGGAGCAUUGUUGGGCAAUUCGGCAUCUAGAAAAAAAUUGAACCCUGUUAUAAGGGGUAUUCGUGAGCAGGACAAGAAUGUGAACAAGGUAGAGCAGAUCAAGUCCUCAGUGGUCCUCCCCUUCCAUUCAUUUUCUGGCAGCGACAAGAUUUCAGAGCCGAGCCCUUCAGAGACAAUCAAACAAACUGAUCCAGCAGCUCGACAGCAACAAAAUUCCAAUCAGCCAUCUCCUAUCACCCAAUUGGAAGAAAUAAUUCAAUUAGAGAACAACAAUGAUUCUGAUGAAGAAAUCCUAACUACUGAUCAAGAAACUACAGAAGCAGUGGAGAAGCCCAUUUCACUAUCAGAUCUUUCCUCCAGUUUCCAGCAGUGUUUUCAAUCAAUAAGUGAAAAGAACAGGAGACCAUCUCAAGAAAAUGAGGUAAGGAUUCAGGUGAAGCCUUUUGACUAUGCUGCUGCUAGGAGAAAUAUCGAAUUUGGGGGAGUUGAAGAACAUUUUAAGGAUGCUGAACUUGAUAAUAAUCCCUCAGAGUCCACAGAGAAACGAAAAGGAUCUGAUAAGGGACGAUCUAGUGGAGAAGAGAGAGUGAGAGGACUGCGUCGUCAGGCUUUUCCUGCAUCAGGUAAUAGAAGCACAAGUUACAAAUGAAGCGUUUUCUGGUGUACGCUUCUCCAUAUUUUUGGCUGUUGUAAAAUUAAGUUUAGAGGAAAACUAACUCAGUGUGAAUCUCAGAGAAAGCAGCAGUCUGCAUCGGAUAGUAUAUGUUGCAAUGACAAAAAUCUAAGCCGCGAGAACUUUUUUUUACCUGGUGAAUGCAGGGAGUAUAUAGUUGGAUUUUACUUUAAAAAGCUUUUAAUGUUAGUUGCUCUCUGCAAUACUUGAUUAUAUAUUCUCAAUUUUGUUUUAUUUA